AUGGGUCAGGAUGGGAGUUUGGGGCCCACUGUGGUCCUUAUCAGAACUGUCAUGGACGUUGCCCCUUCCUAUCGCAAGCCUUCUGAAAGCAGGUCCUUCCACGAUAUGAUCCUCCUUCUGUUCUCAGAAGACUUGGCACAGGGCUCCGGAAGGAAGCGGCUUGUGCUACGGCAGAGGGCUGGCCCCGGGGAGGAGUCAACCCGGUUCUCGCUGCGGCUCCUCUAUGGCUCUGGCAAGUAUUGCAGGCCCAUGAUUCAUCAGACGAAGGAGCUCGAGUGCCAUCAAGCCCAUGGUUGUAAGGACACGGUGUCGAAAAAGAUAAGCAAGAAGUUCCUGGAAAAAAGGAAAAUGUUUGUUAACUCAGUAUCUGAGGACGCACUUAAUAACCUUCUGGAUGUGCUAAGCAGAAAGGUGCUGAACCAAGAGGAGAUUGACAUAGUGAUAAAAGGAAAUACCACAACUGUAACCAAGGCCCGUGACUUGGUCAACAUCACAGUGUGCAUAAGGUCUCAUGCCAGCCAAAUAUCUAUUGACUCUAUCUCCAAGACAGGUUCCAUCCUUACUUGCAAGUUGGGAUUUUCUUCAGAACCUGUGCGAGACCCUGAGGCCCAAGGUGACAUACUGGGAGGAACCCUUGUUCUCCAAACAGACAAGGUUCUGAAGACCAAGAGGAAGCAGUUCAUCAACUCGGUCAGCACAGGGACUGUAAAUGGCCUGCUGGAUGAACUCUUUGGGAACAAUGUGCUGAACCAGGAGGAGAUGGAUGGAAUAAAAUGUGAAAAUGCUACGGUUAUGGAUAAGGCCCGGGCUCUGAUCGACAUCAUCCUGAGGAAAGGGCCACGGGCAUGCCAGCUGGCUAUCACGUACAUCUGUGAAGAGGACACCCACCUUGCAGAGAUGAUGGAGUUCUGCUCAAGUUCGCAGUCUGGAAAUUCUCUCACGGACCGUGCAGCAGCCGCUCCUCCUCUUCCAGAAGACAAACACGACAAAAAGCCACUUAAGACUUUGGAAUCUGUGGGCAAAGAGCUCCUUACUGAUUUUUUGCAAGGCUUGGUGAAGAAAGAUGUUCUGAAAUUAAAGGAAGCAGAAAAGAAAGAAUUUUAUGAUGCCAAACCUCGAGACAAGCCCCGGGUCCUUCUGGACUCAAUGCGGGAGAGACACAAGGAGGCAGGUCAAGCCAUUGCCGAAACUUUCCUUAAUAUGGACAAGCGUUCCACCAGUGUGGAAGCUUUGGGGGAAAACACGCCUGGGCCAGCUGAGACAGAAGAACUGACAGAUACGCUCAAGCUUUGUCCUCAGGAAGAGUUCGUGAAACUGUAUAAGCAGAAGGCCGAAGAGAUCUACCCAAUAAAGGAGAAAAAGGAUCGUACUCGUCUGGCUCUCAUCAUAUGCAAUACAAAGUUCGAUCACCUUCCUCCCAGGAACGGGGCUGAAUUUGACAUUAAAGGGAUGAAGAAGCUGCUUACGGACCUUGGCUACAGUGUGGACCUAAAACUGGAACUCAGUGCUAAGGUAGGGACGCCUCACCUGCCCCAAACAAGUACAUGUUCAACCUGCAUUCUGCUACUAACACAUCAGCUUUAUCAUGUGAGGCAGAAACUUUAACAACACUAAGCCAUG